AUGUCCAUAUAAGGGGGAUGCACAGUGAGAAAACAUAGAUUUAGGUCAAAAAUAUCGAUAUUUUAAAAUUAAUUGAUUUUAAUAGUUUAAAAUGUCUAGAAUACGAAUUCCCUAUCAGAAUACUAAAAAAAAUACGUUUUAUACAUCAAUUUUGUAUUUUAAAUGUAGAUAUAUAAGCAAAAUUUUGAUGUUUUGGUGAAAAAUCAACAUUUUGUAAGCUAUAGUUGAUAAGCUAAUGUACGCUCUCAUCCCUAACAGAUGGUAUCGAUACAAAGGUCUACUUUUCUAGUUCCGAUUAUGUGCAUGGUUUCUCAUUCUAUAAAUAAAUAGUACUGCAAUAAACUUUCAAAAUACGUCACUACCUCUUUUUUUUCCCUAUAUCCUCAUAUACACACCCACAAAGCCAUAUUUACGCAUGCGCACCAUCAAAGCUUCUCUGGUUACUGUGCAUACACGCAUGCGCACUGAAAAAGCUUCCGUAACGACAAAGUAUGCACGCAUGCGCACAUGACGUGAACCGGUCCUUCUUCUGUAAACUUCCAUCACAUCAACAAUCGAUUCAUUAUUGAAACUCAGAAAUGCCAACAAAAGGUUAUAUGUUUGGAAAGAAAAAACGUUACUGUAAGCCCAGAGGACGACAUGCUUCAAAGACAAAUGCACAAUUACAAAGCUCUGUUUUGGAUACAGCUGGAUCUGAAGCAGCAACAACACAGCCUGCAAGUGCAGCUGAGCGAAAAAUAUCCCUAACUGCAGUUACUAACGCUGAUAACACCAAUAAGAGGCUGCCUGAAGAUUUCAUAUACGUCAUGAUGAAUUCAAUGCAAUUGACCACAAUGGUCUCCUUGUUGUGCUGUCCACAUUGCUUUGACAACAAAUUAACUAUGUGCAUCACACAAUCAAAAGGCAUGGCUCAUUUGAUUAAAAUCAAAUGCCUAAAUUGUGAAACAUAUUUGUGGUCCGACUGGACCUCAAAAAAAAGUAAUGAUAUUCAUCUGGAUAUUAAUGUCCGCGCUGUUGCUGCAUUAAAAGAAUCUGGAAUCUCGCAUUCUAAAUUUGAUAGGUUUUGUGGACUUAUGAGUAUGCCCUGCAUGCACAGAAAUACUUAUAACAAUCUAGCUAACAUAGUCAAUACUGCUAUAAUUGAAGCUGGUGAAGAAUGUAUGAUUAGGGCAUCUGCUGUUGUGCAUGGAAGAAACAUUUCACAACCUCUAACUACAGAUGAAAGAAUAAGUUCAACAGGCUGUCCUGUUAUUACAGUUUCUUUCGAUGGGACUUGGCAUAAAAGGGGCCACUCAUCUCAUUCAGGAAUUGGCACAGUUAUUGAUUUUGAUACUGGACUCGUCAUCGACACCGAAGUCCUAUCAAAUUAUUGCCAUGUUUGUGAUUCAAACUCUGCAGAACUAAACUUUGAUGCCUCUAAGCAUAUGUGUCAAAAAAACUUCAGUGGCUCAGCAAAUGCAAUGGAGGCCGCAGCAGCAUCCAAAAUCUUUUCGCGCUCUGUGGCAUCCAGAAAACUUGUUUAUGGCACGAUGCUGUGUGAUGGCGAUAGUAAAUCGCAUUCAUCUGCCAUUACCAACUCAGGAUAUGAUGUAGAAAUCUUAAAAGAGGACUGCAUUAACCACAUCUCAAAAAGAAUGUUUAAUGCUUUGAACAAUUUAAAAAUGUCUAACAAAAAAGAACUAAAUUAUAGGCUUACAAAGCCAAAAAUUGAAAAAAUUACAAAUUACUAUUCCAAAGCUCUGCGCCAAAAUGCUCCCGACAUUCAAAAAAUGAAGCUGGCUGUUAUGGGCUCAUUUUUUCAUAUGAUGAGCUCAGACCUAGAUCAUAACCACAGGUUGUGUCCUGAUGGCGCUACAUCUUGGUGUCACUUUAAGAGAUCAGAGGCACUAAAACAGCCAUAUAAAAAACACAACCAGACCAUCACAUCAGAAAUAGGUAAACUGUUAUUUCCUAUAAUGAAAAGACUAACAGACACAGAUCUGUUAAAAAGAUGUUCUAGAAUGGGAACACAAAACGCCAAUGAAUCUUUUCAUUCCCUCAUUUGGCAAAGAUGCCCCAAAACAGAAUUCGCAACAUUAAAAACGGUAAGGGCUGCGACAUACCUUGCUGUUUUAGCCUUCAAUAAUGGACCUGUUGGCAUCAGAUCAGUUUUUGACAUAUUAGGCAUUCCCUGGACACUAAAGAACAUUUCUUCUAGUGAGAAAAAGCAAAAUGUCAAACUACAGCUUGUUAGAAAAAGAAAAUCAAUCGCAUUAGUGUCCAGGAGAAAAAACUUGAAAAAACGAAGAAUUGAGCAUGAGCACCGGGCAGAGGUUCUAGAAGGUCCAACCUAUCAAUCAGGCCAUUUUAAUGAAUAGUUUUUUUGUUUUUUUUAUUAUCUAUUAUGUUGUUUUAUGUUAAUAUUCCCUUUUUUUUCAUUUUUAUGGUUACAAUAAAUAUUUUAUAUCAUUUUAAAAACUUUAAAUGCGUUUUUCUCAAAAUGUAUUUUUAGGUGCAUGUUGUCCACAAGAAUCUCAAAAUCUUUAGUUCUGUAUAAGUUAGACUAA